GUGCUUGUGUUGGCUGGUAGCUCCUGGUAACCGGGUGAGAAUGAGCUAGAACAGUGUGAGUGGUGUUGACUGGUGUUAGUGUGGAGACACUGGGAAACACAGUGACAACUAAUCGGAACAGUGGUGGGGGUACGCUUGUAAACAGCUGAGAGAACCAUUGUACGGAGGGAAGAUCAGAUAAGAUUUUGUUCUGAUUUUUAACCCCGGAGAGUUAGCUCCUCCAGGAUAACCCAGGAAAGACAGUGUGUCGUCGAGAACUGUCUUAUUUCCACUGGGCUCUCAAUCUUAUCCCCCAGGAUGCGAUCCACACCAGUCGACUAACACCCAGGUAUCUAUUUGCUUGCUAGGUGAACGGGGCCACAAGUGUAAGGAAACACGCCCAAUGUGUCCACCUUUUUCCGGGGAUCGAACCACGGACACUGUGUAUGUGAAGCAAGAGUGUUGCCUAUCAGGCCACAGGACACCAAGGUUGCCAGAGCCUGCUGCUGGUUCUCUAUGGUGACUGACGAUGGUGUGAAUAUCCCCAGAGAUCACGUCCAGGCCCAAGAUGACCGUGAUAAUAGAAAAGGUCAGACAGGAAAUCCCAGGAUGGUGUUACGUCUGGACAAAACUCGGAUAUUUUAUUUUGUCAUGUAUGAAUGUACCGUAUAUCUACUUCCUGGAGAAUGUUGGAAUAACAAUUAAGCCACUGCAGCUGCACUGGUUCACAACUGCUUUUAAUCGAUCAGUAACAAAGUGGGCGCUGUGGAGACCCAAGUUCUUCAAAAUAUGGUUUACAGUUGGUGUAAUAGUAGUAGGGCUUCUGUUGCUUCCAUCGAUAUUCCUCUUGAUAAGCACACUGGUAAACCACUUCCGACCAGUACAAGAACAGACGGUACAGGCUCUGCAACCUGUGGUACCAGGUAUUAAUUUGCCUAUGAAGGAGUUGUCAUGCUACUUUUUUACUUUAUUAAUGGCAUCGAUCAUCCACGAAGCUGGACAUGCAAUUGCUGCAGUAAAAGAGGACGUUCAUGUGAAUGGUCUUGGUUUUCUUUUAAUGUUUAUCCUGCCUGGAGCUUAUGUAGAUGUUCCAACAGAAGAGAUUCGAACUCUCACUCCAUUCAGACAGCUGAAGAUAUUAUGUGCAGGAGUUUGGCACAAUAUUGUCCUAGUAUUGUUGGCACUCGGUAUAGGUCUGUCAACCCCAUUUUUCCUGCAACCGUUCUACCUUCAUGGUCAUGGCCUGACUGUCAUGCAGUUAACACAGGACUCUCCUGCCCGAGGACCUACUGGUCUUGAAGUUGGAGAUGUGAUUACAUCAGUCAACAAAUGGACAGUUGCAAGCAUUGUUGACUGGCGUCACUAUCUGAUUAAAAGCAUCAGCUCUGAUCAGAUGGGUUUCUGUGUCCCAGAAUCUGUUGUUCACACAUAUGAUGAAACAAUUCAUCAUGAGGCAGCUUCCGAUUCCUUCUUUGGUCACUUAUCCAGGUUAUAUUCUAAAAGUAAAGCUUUUGAGGGUGCAGAUGGAUCAGUUCAGUGCUGCAGUGGUGACAGUGAUGCUCACUUAUGUUUUGAAUUAAUGGAAGACAAGGAACUGGAUACAGGCGUGGCAGCGAUGCAGCCAUUUUCAUGUUUACCAGCACGGAUGGCUGUCUCAAUGAGUACCAAGACUUGUAUUAAUUCUCGUUCCUGCCCUACUGACACCCAUUGCUUGGCACCAUCUUUAAAAAACGCCUCAAGACUUCUGCAGAUAAGCAGACGAGGAAUUAAUGGGAAGCAUAAGGAAGAUGUGCUUUAUCUGGGUCCUCCUGUUUAUUUAUAUCACACUGUGACACUGACCAGUUACAUCCCCAAGUUUUCUUUCCUUUCUCUCACUUGGCCCAACACAAUUGAAGUAUACUGUGAUUAUAUGGUGAAGUUCUCGGGUGCUUUAGCGGUUCUUAACAUGGUGCCUGUUGUAUAUUUGGAUGGUUAUUGGAUUUUUGGUGCAGUCAUUGAUCUGUUUCUAGCUCCAUGGUGUGAUCAAGUGACCAGAAAAAUCAUUCAUGUAAUUGUUACGAUAAUUGGAACUAUGUUGUUAUUUUCAAAUAUUUUAAUUGGUGUUUGGAGUAUUAUAUAAGAAAGGCUGGAAGUGUGAUAUCUGGUACAUUUGUAAUAAUAUGGCAUGUUCUAUAUGCCACGUCCAGUUUUUAUGAAAGAUUAGCGAUGAUUAUGUCUCUAAUAGUAUCUAGUCUUAUAAAACAUUAGUUAUGCCUCAUUUUGUAUGACAAAAUGUAAAUUUUUAGACAUAUGAUUAUAUUUAAAUUUAUUAAAUUUUUUAAUAUAUGAUGAACAAAAAUAUUUAGGUAGCCUGUAUCCAUUAUAUUUAUUUUUCCUGGUGUUUUUACUGGGGUGGUAUUUCUUCAAAUGCAAAUAGUUUUUACAUAAUAGCACAUAAGCACAAGAAAGGUAAAGCCUUAAUAACUAAUUAAAAAUCUGUGAUUUUGAAGAAAGUUUAUUUUUAUUACAAUAUAAUGUUUAGUUUCCUUAGUAUGGGCAGAACUAUGUAUAUAUACCAAGACUACCUAACACUAAAAAUGAAAAUUGGUAGUACAAAUCUUAAAUGUUUGAAGCCUAAAAUUUGCUAAAACACCCCAUUGUAUGUAUAUGUGUAUAUAUUUAUGAUAGUGAUUACAUUUAUUUCUCUCUGUGUUCCACCUCAGAAAAAAGGUAGAUGGGCUACCCCUCUUCCCCAUUGAUGGUUAUUCUUCAAAUACAAUAACAUUUAUGAUUUUCUAAAUUUUCUACACCUAUACAGGGCUUUUUGAGUGUUUUAAAAUUCGUUUUUCUUAUUUUUUCAUUUACUCAUGCCUGAUUAUCAUUUUUUCUACAUUUCCUUUUAAAUUAAUAUAUUUGUAGUGUUAUUCUUGCUCAUUGUCAUUUCUAAGGCAUACAUAUGAAAAAAUGACUGCUAUAAAUAAACUCAAAUAAAUGCAACAAACAAAACUGUUUGCGUAUUGUUUUAGUAUGUGCAAGAUAAAAAAACAAGCUGAUUUGUCUUGAAAUGUUUUGUAUGAGAACUGGCUGUUUACAUGUUGUUCUGUCAUUACUGACCAAUAUCAAUUAAUCUACAUAAUAUAGUAAGCAAAUAUUAUAGAGAAUUUAAAUUUUUGGAUGGUAUCUUGACAAUGUCUCUGUAUUAACCUAAACCUUAUUUAUUUAAAACUUUGUAUUGGAAUUGGCAAUGUAGCCUUCAUAUGUAGGGGUCUCAUUUUCUAUGCAAUGCAGUGAACAUGAAUGUAUAAAGCUGCACCAUACUCACCACGUGCAUUCUCUAAUGCCAGAUUAUGUACAGAUUACGAGUUUGCUUGAAGCAUGUUGUCUCCUUAGUCCGGCUCUUAGCUAACACUGGUUUAAUGUGAUGAUUCUCUAACCUUAUGAAUAUUGUUGUAUUUACACUUGACUUAUUUGUGGAGUUCACUGUGACUCUCCUACUGCAUUUUAUGCACUUGCUAUCCUAGUGAAGAAGUGAAAUUUUGCAUCUAGCUGAUUUAAGUAUUCAGCGUCCAUUUGAGUUUCUUCCUCAGUCUUGAGAACAGUUUAUCUUUGCACACCCUGUUGGUGUUCCCUGAAUCUCACGUAUGUUGUGAUUAUAUUUCCUGUGUCUUCUUUCUUUAAGCAUUGUUAGUUUUAACUUGUAGCUCAGUCCUUUAUUUCAGGGACCAGCCUGGUGGCAAAUUCUGUACCUACUCAAGUUUUCUUAAGUGUUUAUGAAGGUGUAGACUUCAUGCCAAGAGUUGCAUACAAUACUCAAAAAUUUAUUAUUACAUAUGAUCUUAGUUGAAAGUGGUAGCUCAGAAUUUUUUAUUUUUUGUUAGAUAAUUUUUCUGAAUGGAUCUAAGUAUGGUUGUAGACAGUCCAGAUUUUUUUUUUUUUAUUUUUGUUGUGAUUUGCUAAGAUUGUAGCAAACUGUAUAGUAGAGGUUUUGCAUAUAAAUGAGGAAGCUACUCACAUCUCUAUUAGUGUUUUGUGUACUAAUUAGUUAUUUUUCUUAACUUUAUGUAUUACUGUAGACAGUAACAAUUUUUUUCUGAUGCAUCUGUGAUUUUAUAAUUAGAAAGAUAGGAAUGUGGUCAGUUAUCCUGUCAGUGAGUAUACUUGCUUUUUGUAGGGGCAAUUAUGUUAGUCUAUGUUUAGUCUAAUGAGGAAGCAUAUGUUGCUGUUAUUCUGGUGAAUGUAGUUAUCAAGGGUUUUAACAGGUAGGGAUGUACACAAGGGUUUUAACAGGUAGAGAUGUACACCAUUUAGAAAGCUUGAGAAUUUGGGAUCAUCUGACUGACUUAGAUUACAAUGCAGUCUCUAGCAAUUACUGUAUUACAUUCUAGAUCAGUGUUAGCAUGUGUACACACAAUUGAAAUGUGAGAAGUUGAGAUUAAGACAAAGUUACCCCAAUGUUGCAUGAAGUAAAUAUUUUAUACCACUUUGAUCAUUUCCCACCUAAAAAAAAAAAAAAAAAAAAAAAAAAAAAAAAUUAACCAUCACUUAUUCAGUAGCUAUCUUCCUGAGGGCAAUUCAUUUACAUAUGUUGUAGGUAUUACAGUCUAUGUUAUUAUGGUCUGUGCUGGGUGAAGUUCAGCUCUCUUGGGAUGACCAUGACAGAUGGAGACUAAACUAAAGUAAGCACUGCCCUGUUCAUUUGCCAUAAUUCCAUUGGCCUGGAAAUUGGACCCACUUGUGGCACUGCAACCCUAAGUUGGGCAACAUGCUUCUUUGAUGGGGGAUAUAGGUCAAAUGGGAGGUUUAGUAAUGGCCUUGCUGAAUCAAUGGCUGAUUUUGCACUGCUGCUCAGUCUGGUGGAGAGCAUCAGUGAUUGGGCACCCUUUUGGUCCUGUGGCUACAUUUAGUUCUCUAUUGGUCACUCGCUUAUUCCUCUCUAUUAGCCCUGGGAUCAUUUGUUUUAGUAAAUAUUUAAACAUUUUCUUGUUGGAAUUGAUAGUGGGUUGAGCCAAACUUAUUGUUUUUUGAGUAUUAGUAAUUCCCCUGCACCAUUAUUGGAUACAACUGAUUUCUCUUAACUUGUAAGUCAUUCUUGUGACACCCUACUGCAUUCCUCUUGCUCUACAGUCAAGACAACUACUGCUAUUUCAUAUCCUGCACAUGAUACUUCUUGGCCUUCACCCCACUGUAAUCAUAAGAAGUUUCCACUUUAGGUUCCAUUACUUCUACAUGAGAUGUAUAGCCCACAGACUUGCUCAGAAUUUUUUAAAAUUCAGUCCAGUGAUACUUCGGAUGUGCUCUGCAGUUAUGGUCAGUAAAGUGAUAUAGACAGCAUGUGACCCAAGGGGUCACUUUCUAUUUCCAGAACAGAGGGGGAUGUGUAGUAUGGGUUAAUGAUGCUACUGUAUGUUUGGUAAUCACCAGCACUCUGAAGAGUUGUAGAAUGAUCCUCCUGAUUAGCCAUUACUGCAUAAUUAACUCAUAAUACUGUAUAUGC